UUUCAAUAGAAGUCUACAAAUAAAAUUUAUAUUGAUUUAUUCUUAACAAACAUAUUUUUUAGUGUUUAGUUUAAAAAUGAUAUAAAAAUUACACUUAUCAUCUUUUAUCAUUUUCCUGUUGUAUACUAGUAGUAUUGUAUGAAGUAGUAUUACUACUUCAUCCUUUAAAUAUUAUUUAAAUCGUACAAGCAUGUCUUAUAUUUGCUUCUUGUUUAGAUCUUAGCACUAUUAUUAAAGAUUUCUUGAGAAGUAUAGUUCCCAUAAUAUUUUUGCAUUACCUCAAUGUUUCUAAAGUUUUUAUAAAUAUAAGAUAUAGUUAUUAUUAUCUAAUACCUUUUUUUUGAUGUAUACUAAUUUAUAUAUGUUUAUUGUUUACAUAAGUAUAUACCCAUUCUUAAUUUUAGCUUCUUGUUUAUACUCAUAUAAUCUUUACAAUUUAAUUUUUAUUUUUUGAACUUUUGACAAUAACUAACUGUUAUUUUUUGUUGUACAAUUUUUUUGUUAACUUUAGUUGAAUCAACAAGGUCUACCAUUUGUAAGUUUGAAUAUUAUAACUUCUGUUAGGAAUCAUAGUAAUAACAGUUUAAACAUGUUUGUCAAGGUUUAACUCAUAUUUUGUUUAAUCAUCUCUCCUUUUAUAAUUUGCUAUAGUUAUCAACUUUGAAAAACAAUAAUUUUUAUUCUGUGAAUAUAUUUAAUGUCAAUGCAAUAUUUAUUUUUUAUAACAAUCUUUUAACCUUAGUUCCAACUCUAACUGCAACAAGUUGUAAGUUUAAAAACUAUUACUGUGUAAUAUGUGUAUGGAUUUCUCAACAACUGCAAUAUUUAUUUUCUAUUAAAACUUUUUAAACUGAGGAACAUCCUCAUCUGGUACAAUGGAACAUCCUCAUCAAUUGCAUUAUUUGUUUUUUAUUACAACUUUUUUACCUUAGUUUUAUCGUCAGCUGCAUCAAGUGGUAUGUCUAAAUAAUAUUACUUGUUAAUAUGUUUGUACAUUAUUCAUCAUUUGCUAUACUAAUUUUUUAUUACAAAUUUUUAACCUUAGGAUCGUGUACAUCUUCUACAAUUGUUUCAUGUUCAUCUGCAACAACUGUUUCACCUGCUCAACCUUCUGCUGAGCUUACAUAUGAAGCCUACAAAAUUUACAGGACCCAGCAUCCUGGACUCACCAGCAACAAGUCAUAUUUGUGUUGGGUCAAGUUUGGGGGCAAAGAUGACCCCCUUUUUAGAUGGCCCUAUUAUCCCCCAAAAAGGCGUGCUGGGGACAACAGCAGAGGAGAUACAGGAAGUGGUUGCGCCAGAAGAGGUCGAUAAAGAAGGAAUGGUGGCAGCCAUUAUGUUAACUUCAAUAUAAACAAUUAAAAAGUUAACAUGGUUCCACUAUUCCUUUAUUUUUCUUUAAAAAUAUACAAUAUUAGU